UGAUCCAGUCAACGAAGAGUAGUAAAAGAUCCCUGAGGUUGGUUGAUAGCAAAAGAAAAAGAAAAAAGAUUACAAAAAGAGAACAAUAAAAAAAAAAAAACGAGAUGGUGGUCAAUUUCAAAGUGUUUAAGAAAAGUUCACCAAAUGGAAAGAUCGCAUUGUACUUAGGCAAAAGAGAUUUCAUUGAUUAUUUGUCAGGUGUAGAACCGAUCGACGGUGUGAUUUUAUUAGAUCAGAAUUACGUCGAUACCGGUAGAAAGGUAUGGGGUCAAUUAAUAUGCAGUUUUCGAUAUGGUCGAGAAGAGGACGAAGUUAUGGGUUUAAAUUUUCAAAAGGAUCUUUAUUUGAUCUCCGAACAAUUAUAUCCUCAAACAAGCAAAAUGGAGUCUAAUUUAACGAGACUACAGGAAAGGUUGUUGCAGAAACUGGGCCCAAACGCCAUACCCUUUACCUUCAACUUCCCCCAUAGCGCUCCAUCGAGCGUGACCCUCCAACCAGGCCCCGAAGAGACGGGUGAACCAUGCGGCGUAAGUUACUUCGUUAAGAUUUAUUCCGGUGAAACGGAGACAGACGUUACUCACAAAAGAACUACGGUCACUCUCGGAAUAAGGAAGAUUCAGUAUGCACCUACAAAACAAGGCCGACAACCGUGUACUAUAGUACGUAAAGAUUUCCUAUUGAGUCCCGGAGAACUCGAACUCGAGGUCACACUCGACAAACAACUCUAUCAUCAUGGCGAGAGAAUAGCCAUUAAUGUGAGCGUUAGAAACAAUAGUAACAAAGUGGUUAAGAAGAUAAAAGCAUUGGUACAACAAGGCAUAGAUGUGGUUAUCUUUCAAAAUGGUCAAUUUCGUACUGUAAUUGAUGCGGUUGAAACUCAAGACGGUUGCCCAAUAAGUCCUGGCUCGAAUCUACAAAAGGUACUCUAUCUGAAGCCCGAUUUGGAGAACAACAAGCAUCGUCGGGGUAUUGCCCUGGAUGGUCGAUUGAAACGCGAAGAAGCUGAAUUAGCUUCCAGCACGCUCUUGACCUCGCCAGAUGUACGCGACUCUUUCGGCAUAGUUGUCUCCUACGCCGUCAAGGUCAAACUUUAUCUCGGUGCAUUGGGAGGUGAACUCUCCGCUGAGUUACCUUUCAUAUUCAUGCGUCCUAAACCAACUGACAGAAUCAAACUUGCUACCUCUGAUGCUGGUGUACACGUUGAAAAUGUACAGGAGGAAAAUACCAAAGAAAAUUAAAUCAUUUGGAUCUCUUCUUUAUGAAAUUCGAUCUGUUCUUUCAUUUCUGUACAAAGGAAUUGUACACACACACACACACACACCAAUAGGAACAGUCUAGAUAUCUUUUUAUCGAAUUCUUUGCAAACGCGAGGAUAACAAAAAAUACGAUUGUGUUUAUCUAACCGGAAGCUUCUAACGUUUAUCUAAAGAAUCUCAGGAUAUCUCGACACGUUUUUCUCUAUGAUUAAUUCACAUCUAUAUAAUUCGUUAAAAAUUAUUAACAAAAUUAUUAAAUAUACUCUUAGAUUAAUUCAUAUAAAUAAAUAAUAUGAUAAUCCUAUAUAUACAUAUAUGCAAAAAUAUUUAUUGUAAAAUAAAAUAGACGAACACAUGUAACGAGAAGAAAACAAACCAAAAAUUACACAUAAUAUAAUCACAUAUGUAUCUAUCGUAGAACGAAUGUGAUGAAAAAAUAUAUAUAUA